AUGUGUGAUGUAAAAAUAGAUUAUAUGUCCAAUAAAAAUCCCAAAAGUUUUGUAGUUUCGCUGGAAGACUAUAGUCAGAUUUGCAGUAAAUUGCAGAUAAAUAGCGGACGACUAAUUCAUUGGUUCUUACAGGUGCCUGGUAAUGACAGCAGAGUUGAGCGUCAAGAUUACUCAAAAGCGAGAAACUUACGAUCAAAUCCUCGCAGUGCGUCGUCCUCGCAUCCAAUUCGCAUCAACCGUGAUUGUUUGAAAGUAAUUCCUGGUACAAACGACCGAGUCGUUAAAAGAACUCGUCCAUUCGUACGAAAAGGCGAAACCACUAAGAGUGGUAACACAACUUCACAAACAUCGGCAAUAAAUCCCCGAGCACUGGUACCCUCGGCAAUCAAAUCCCAGUCAUCAGUACCUGCCGCAUUAAAGUCCCGGAUCCCGUUAGCCCGCAUCACCUCGCACAGUUGCGUAAAACCUCCGAUAUCAACAACCAUCACUCAGGCAUCCACUCGAGUCCUCCGCAGUCAUGGUGUUUCAAAAACUUUGAGCUCAAAAGCAGUUUCCUGUUCUGCGGCAAAAAUAUCCACCGCAAACAAUUUGAAUACAGCAACAUCCAGUCGUAUCCUUCGUAGUCAUGUGUCGUCCACACGUGACGCAGCCACCGCAUCCACGAGGUCCAAAAUACCCAGAUUUUCGUGGAACCUUCGGCGCAGUUCUUCUGUUUCCAAAGCAGAAAGUCUGAAGAAGAAGGAUGGUGAGGAAAUAGGGCCACUGGGAAAGCAGAAUAUUCCUAAAGAAGCUGAACACACCACGCUUGGAAAACGUUCAGCGUUGAGUGAAAAAUCACUCCGUCCAGAUAUUAAGAACGACCAGAAGAAGCCAAAGAAUGAUCUGGAGGUCAAUGCGUUACGACCAGAAGAGCAUCAAAGAAAGCUUGAAGCAAAGUUGACCGAACCACGCAAAGCAGUCGACCUCAAGUUGACAAAGUCCAUUCCUGUGAACGCUGAAAUCUCGACUGUUCCUCAAAACAAAUCACUGUCCAUCACUGGCUGUGAAGAAUUCGUUGAUGUUGCAUCACAUGAGAAAUCACUGGUUACGUCUGAGCACGUUGUUGUCACAGGAGAGCCUUCGUUGGUUGAAGAACCAAGUGUCGAGACGUCUCACCAAGUUCCUGAUAGUCUCGCACCAACCGUACCAGCAAAACCCCGCGAUGAGAAAACACUGACUCCUGCAGAUUCAGAAAUAAAAAUCCUCGAUGAAGACAUCGACACAUCGCAACAAACACCAAGUCCUUCAGCCCAGGUUGAUAAGGUUGUUGAGUUUAACUUGGUGGCUAAACCCCUUGUCCAGGAGCUCCAUUUGGAGGGACAAACAGCCACUUUGGGAGAAGAAAUUUCUGUAAAAGGUACAAGAGAAAAUGAAAGUCCACUAAAAGAAAACAGUGCUUUCGUGAAACGGUCUGCAGAGGAUGAUGAAAUCAACGGCUCUGUCAAACCACCGAUUCCUGCCAAAGUCCAACACGUCUCAGAUGAGAUACCAGCUUUGACCGACAUCCCGAUUGUAACCGAGCAAACGUCGGAAGAAACGAGCGCGUCUGACAAUAUUUCUACAGUCGAGAAGGCAGUUGACUUGGAGAUCGCUGUGAAACAAGAUGAAGUGAUUUCUGAUGUACACAGCUCUCCUCAGGCGGAGACAUUGUCUUUGCAGAAACCAAGCGAGUCUGGUUUUCGAGAUGAUACAUCAGUGGUUCAGCCAACAACGCUCCAAGGUGUUGCAGAAGCGACGUCUGUGGUUAAUACGUCAAAGCCUUGCACACUGACUGUGGCGGUAAAAGCCGACCGUUUUCCUGUUACAACACAUACAGAAAUAUCAACUGUUCAAGAUGAACUAUCAACGGCCAGUAAAAAGCAUUUUGAUCGGGUUGGAGUAUCUACAUGCUAUGGGCAACCCAACAAACAAACAACUGUUUUUCAAAAUGAGAAGCUCCUUGUGGUUAAACCAUUAACCACUAUUGAGUGCGUGAAGGUCGACAAAGUAAAAAUUGAGGAGAAAAGCUGCCUCAAAUCUUCCAAACGACCAGCAAGUUUGACUCCCAUCGACAACCAUUGUAUCCUCAAAAAACGACGAAAUGCAAGCAGCGAGAAUAGUAAAGAUGAAACAAGUUGUUUUUCCUCGCCAGUCCAGUCUUGCUCGUCACAGACGAUGGAGAUUGGAAGUCCUAUUACAGUCCCUUCGAAUGUGUUCAUGGAUGUUGAUCCAAGCGUCUGUAGCCUUCGAAACGUGUCCAAUUUUGCAUUUGAGCAAAUCCCAGGGGCACUGAACACUCAGAGUGGGUUGAACGAUGCCAUGGAAUUAUCUGAGUCCAGUCAAACAUUACCAUUUGCAUUUGGCAACAUUCAAGAACAGACAAGACCUAUGACGACUGGUUUUUCGUUUGCGACAAGCGACCAGCAAGCGAGGCAGAGUUUUGGUAUCAAUAAAGCUCAGAAUGGUUUUGUUUUUCACAGCAAUCCUGUGGUUGAUGGGUUCCCUGGGCGUAUAUUGAACCAAGCUACCCAGGGCUUUCAACUGAUAACGUUUGGUCGUGUGCAACCGCAACAGGACAACCAUCCAAUGCCUGGCCUGAACCAAACCAACUUAUUCCAGAUAUUUGGCAAUCCUCUGCAAACUCAACGCCCAACGUUGGUCAACUCAGAUGGUAGCCACAGGAAGUUUAUUUUCACAAAAGGUCACCGUCGACGAAACAACGUUCAUUUUCACCCGAACCAAACAAACAAUCAAAAUACACCUCCGGUGUUUGCGAGUGGUUUUCAAACCGGACUUAACUUCGGUAUGGUAGUUCAAAGCCCAACACCAAUGGAAUCCGAAGAUGUUAAUUCCUGCAGUGGAAAUGGCAGUCAACGGUUUGACGUACAGCAGAAUCAUCAAUUCAUCUGUGGUUCUUCACAGGAAAUAUCGGGACAGAAUAUUAAUGACCAUUCCAUGGAGGAUAUUGUGCAGUCACCACCACUGAUGGUAUGCGAUAGUUCAUUACCACAACCUCGCUCUACUGUCUCUUGCUUUGAAAUAUCACAGCAAACUAUGGCAGGGGUUGAACGUAGGCUGAGUUUACCAGCGAUGACGAUGACCACUCAAGUUGUCGUACCAACAACGCCGUUUUUACUGCAACCAGCUCGACUACAGCUGCCGUCAGCAGGUGCAAAGAGCUCGGCGAACUCUGUAUGGGAACACAGAUCUAAGCUGGAUGAACAACUAAGUACCUCAAGUGAUGGAGAUCAAGGAAAUGAUGGGAUGACACUAAGGAUGGAUUCAUCAGCAUUAUCCCUGGAUUCCAGUAAUUCGAGUCUCAACGACUGUCGAAGUGAUAUUGUUGAUGAUUUAACAGAAAGCGUUAGCAACUGUAGUUUAGAAGAUAGCUGCACAACAAUGGACGAUAUUGGGAGAUUGAUUGAAAUGUUCAAAACACUUAGCAUUGAUGACACAGGCAUUAAACACUGA